GACACAAAAGGGAAUGUUUGAAGUUAUGUUGUUGGAUUAUGGCGAAUGGAAAACCCAAAAUUAUAUUUAAGUUUGUAAAUCAAAUGAAUGGGAAACAUACAUCAGAGGACGAGAAACACAUUUCAUUAAGUUUCAUUCGCCCAAAUGUUUAAUGUACCAUUUGAUAUGAUUUUACUAAAUACACUGUUGUUGUUGUUGUAUUUUAUUUAAGUGCAGUUUUUUGCACAUUAGACAGCACAAUGGAAUUUUUACUUGAUUGAUUCAAACCAGCAUUUCUUAACAUCUACAAUCCUAUCAAACAGUGUUCAGUGUGUACUUUUAAAGAAAAGAUAAUCUUUACAUUUGUAUCACUCAAACAAGAGGUUUGCAAAGUCAACUCAUAAAUUUACUAUUUAUUAACCUCUAUAAUAGUUACCUCUUGAAAAUAGACUGACAAAUGAAUUUAGAUUAAAAUUCGUUUUUAACCUGUCCUGCCAUUUCCAGCCCAUCACAGCAGACAUUAUUUCUAGCACAGCAUGACCUGUUCAAAAAUAUUUCAGAAGAUCUGAAAACAAAGCAUUGCAUAUCCACAUUUCCACUUUACCUCAGCACUGAAGCAGAGGAAGAUGGGUUUAGAUGACCACAAUACUUAACUACACUGUGGGUCUGAUCAGUGUGAUCUUUUAUUCAGAUCACAGCUAAUAAAAUCAGUACAAAAAAUUAACGUACUGUAACUAAAUUAUAAAUUAGAUGAUUAUCAGAUUGCAGCCAUUCACACUAAUUUAUUCCAAACGUUGUUCUCACAACUGUGUGUUUUGUGAAUGCAUUUGUGCAAUUCAGAUCUUCUCUCCUUUUAAUAAAUAAUCAAACCAAAGCCUAACAAUUGUAAAUAAACAUUUACUUCUUUAUUAUAUGGAAGCUUGUUUACCACAAAAUAAUGAAUAAAAAAUAUAUAAAAUAAAAUAUUUUGAGAUAAAAAAAAAUUAAUAAUCUUGCAGUUUAUAUUUUGCAGUUCAGACUUUUUGUUUCUCUCAUAACUGUAGAGUUUAUAUCAUUUGUGAGGAAUGUAUCUUGCAAUCUGAGUUUAUAUCUCACAAUUCUGAUUUCAUUACUCACAGAUCUGUUUUAUAUAUAUAUUUCCUCUGAAUUGUGUGAUAUAAGGUCCAUAUAGAUAUAGACUUAGAAUCUUGGGAUCAGAAUUGUGGUAUAAAGAGGAUUUACAUUUUUUUUGUUUUUAUUCAAAAAAACAUUGUACAUUACUAAAAUUGAUCUGUUGCUGUUUAGAUGUGGAAUUUUUUAAUUAAAAAGUUGCUAAAGCAUGAAUAAAAGGCGUUACCUCUUUGUUCUUACAUGUGGCCAUUAUAAUAAGAGAAGAAAGCUGGAAAUUUAACCGGACGAUGGGCGAGAGCCUUGAAGACAUCAGAUGCCAAAGCCCUCGGAUGUGAUGGUAACCAUGCCAGUACACCAGCAACAGCGCGAAUACGUCUCCAGGUUCCUGACCACCAAGCCACUGGCUCUGGGGAUUUUGGAAAUAUUGCUAGCCUUAUUGGGACUCUGUUUGACAAUCUGGAAUGAGAGUUUUUUUCUUCUCUGGUCACCAAUCAGCUUCACUUUAACUGGACUUGUUACAGCCUCGGCAGCAAACACAUGUAAACCGUGUCUGGUCAAAUCCUCACAAAUGCUCAGCUAUCUAAAUGCAGCAGCAGCUGCUCUGUCUCUCCACUUUCACUUUUAUUUCACUUGGGGUGUAUCCUGCUUUCUCCUUAUGGGCUGUGAUACUUUCAUCUUCAUCUUCUCUGUUACUGUUGCCUUAACUUCCUGUUCCUGUUGUUGCAGACCAAAGUCGAGACGUGUGGAGGUCAGUUAUAUGGGCGCUGAUUUGCCUGUCAACCAUAUUGUGCUCGUGGGCCAGCCGGACUCUUCUGCAGUGGUGCAGUCCAUUAGUUCAGUGGUGUACAUGCUGCCGGCUGCACAUGGGCUAGUCCCACCUGCACCUCUGCCACAUUACAGUCCAGUGCCAGCUCUACCUCCACCAACCUACGAGCAGGUCUUAGCUACACCUCCACCAAACUACGGUCCGGUCCCAAGUGCACCUCCACCAGCAUAUGAGUAUGAAGAUUUACAGACCAGAAGAUGAACUAGAUCUCAGACACAAAAGGGGAUAUUUGAUGAUUACACAAUGGAUUAUAGCAAAUGGGAAUAUAUAUAUAUAACAAUAAAACAAAUAAAUUAUUUUUGAAAAAAAAAAAUCUGUGAAUGCAUGUUGUAAAUGAAUUUGUCACAUAACAAUUGUGAUUAUCUAAAUUUGUUAGUUCUGUCCCCUUUAAUGUGCCUUAGAUGUAACAAAUGUGGAUGAGAAACAUGAAUGAGAAGGUUUUUUCUUUUUUUAUUAUGUUUUUCCUCUCCUAAAAUGUUUUAAUUUUAACAUAUGAACAUACCAAGUAAAUUUUACCUGAUAAAUUCAGCUCAGUACUUACAGACUGACAUUUAAAAUCUUGUCAAACAGUGUUCAGUGAGUAUUUUCAGAGAAAAUACUUAUUUAUUGCAUAUUAAGCUAUAAAAUUAUAAUCUCUUAAAUACAGACUUUAAAAGGUUAUACAUUUUAUAUUCAAGUUUGGCUUUGAUCUGUCCUUCCACGUACUAAAGUGAUGUUUCCAGCUCAUGACAACACAACUCGUGGCUUGUUUAAAAAUAUCAAAUAUACAACAGAUGAUUAUCUGAUUCCAAAGGAGAGUCAUUCAAAAAUGUAUCAAAUGUAUCUUUUCUUCCUAACCAGUGUUACUUAUUAUUUUACAAUAACCAAGACACUAUUAUAGCUUUUGUUAAUAUUUUAAAUUCCAUUUUUUUGUAUUUUGUUUUCAUUUUAAUUAAAGUUUUUUUUAUAUAUUUAA